ACUUAGUUAUAAUCAGUUUUAAGAGUAAUUAAUAUCAAGAAAUUUCUCUUAUUUCAAGUUUGAGGGUCUCCUAAGGUCAAACAGUGGCUAUACAAAAUAUGUUAACUAUUUAAUUGAUAUUUUAAAGAGCUAUUUGUUUGAUUUUAACCUUAACUUCCAGAGGAAGAUUACUAUUGAGAAUUCUAUAAAAUGUUGGAAUUUAGAAAAGGCUGUUGUGUAUGAAUAUCUCUGGCAUCCACUGUGGGACUAUUUGACGAAGAGCUUGCGAAAGCUUGGGGCUCUCUCUCCGCUCCCAGCUGACACGAUCAGUUGCCGGCUGGCGUUCGUCGCGUUUGGUUACGACAUUUUUUCAACUGGCGCAAACUUGUCGCCGGAGGAGAAGUAUUCCAAAUCCGAUCCGUUCCGAUCCGUCGUCUGGAAAAAUGAAGAAUUGGUUAAAGCUUUCGUUACUGCUAUGCACCUUUGGAUUCUUCCGGGAGCUGCGGCCCUCUGAGCCAUAUGUCACGGAAUAUUUGGCCGGGGACUAUGGUAACCUGACCUCUACGCAAAUCUACCAGAAUGUCUUUCCUUUUGGCACCUACUCUGUGCUGGCCGAGCUGGUGAUUGUGUUCCUUAUCACCGAUCUUGUGAGGUAUAAGCCGGUGAUAGUGCUCUCGGCGGUGGCCGGUAUCGUUCUCUUCUCCAUGCUGGUGUGGACCGGGUCUGUGCUCAUGUUGCAGGUGGCCCAGAUCUUCUUUGGAUUCUACAUGGCCGCCGAGGUGGCAUACUAUACGUACAUGUACGCCAAGGUGGACAAGGAGCGGUAUCAGAUUGUGACAGGUCACACGCGGGCUGCAAUUUUGAGUGGAAAAUUUCUGGGUGGCUGUUUAGCCCAGAUCAUGGUGUCUACUAAGAGCAUGAACUUUCGGGAAUUGCAUUAUAUCUCGAUAGCCUCACAAUUGGUCUCUUUAGUUGUGUCUCUAUUACUGCCCGGAGUUCCACGGAGUCUCUACUUUUAUGCGGUCAACGAAAAGGGUCCAGUCCAUCAACCAGUAGGCGAUGUACAGACACCGAAAUUCUCGUUUAAAAACGCAUUCCGCUUGCUGUGGUUUCACCUUGUCACUUCCUACUCGAAUCCCGUGGUGCUGCAGUGGAGCAUCUGGUGGGCUCUGGCCACAUGCGGCCAAAUACAGGUUAUAUCCUACAUACAGUUUCUAUGGAAAGAGGUAGCUCCGGGUAACCGGAGCCUUUACAAUGGCGGCGUUGAGGCCUUGGCCACUCUACUGGGAGCCGUUGGAGCUAUCCUGGCAGGACUUUUAAACUCGAAUAAGCGUAGAAGUGCCUAUAUGCUAGGCAUAUCCAUCUGUGCCACUGUCCUUGGAGCAUUGCUUAUCUGGGCAGCACGUACCCAAUAUAUCUGGGUGGUCUAUGCCAACUAUGUGCUCUUCUGUGCUGUGCACUUCUUCAUUAUCACCAUAGCCGGAGCAGUGGUGGCCGAAAACGUCGUCGAGGACAGUUUUGGCUUGAUCUUUGGCAUUAAUACUUUAGUGGGUCUACUUCUCCAAGCUAUCUUGAUCAUUGUGGUGGUGGAACCAAAGGGAUUUGGUCUUGCGCCUAGAGAUCAAUAUGUGGUUUACGGCAGUUAUUUCCUAAUUCUGGGUUCUAUCUAUAUAAUAGGUAUUGUUUUUGUUAAACUAUGGCGCAGAAGAAAGCUUUCCCGUGAGGGUAAUGUGGCAAACUUGACGUAACGACUGGUUGAAUUUAUUAAAUUAUAAUAAUAUUACUAUAUUGUAAAUAGAAACCUUGAAAAGCACUAGUUAAAGCUUCCACAAAAAUAAACACUAGGAGAAUUAAUUCACGUAUAAUGAAAAUUCCUUUUUUUAAAUAACUUUUUGUUGUAUAUAGACAUUAAUUGACUCAGGGAUUUCAUUAUUAUAUAGAAAUCCUGUCUUCCCGUAUUCUCAACAUAAAAGUUCAAAGGGAGCUAAAGUAUAAGGAAUUAUAUCAUGAAAUUACAUAAAUCAAAAUA